GGAAAAUAUAUAUGUUGGAUGUAGCCAGGUUAAAGCUGUGUUAGGUCAUGUGUGAGUAGACGGGUCUUUACCUUACAUACCUGACAUAUAUUCCUAAAUUACAGGCAUGAUAAAAAUAAAACCAGAGGGGCACCAUCAGCAUCAUGGAGGUAAACAAGAAAAGUUGACGCCCCGUGGUUCAAAACACGAUAAGAACCCGGUGAAUGGAAAUCGAGAAGAGAGAUCGGGCGUCCACAGUCGUAAACUUGGUGACCAUGGCCAUAAAAAUGGUGACCAUGGCCAUAAAAAUGGUGACCAUGGCCAUAAAAAUGGCGAACACGCGCACAAAAAUGGCGACCAUGGACAUAAACCUGGCAAACAUUCUCCAACAGGCGCUGUAAAUGGCAGUCCAAGGGGGAAGCAAGCGAGACACUCUUUAAAGGAAUUAUCGUUAUCGCCACCAGACUAUUACAUCGAUCCUCAGAAACUGCUAUCGGAUUUCGUUGAAGAGGAAGUAGCAUUUGCUGGACGAAUCGACAAAUUUCCGGUCCACGAGGAUGUCACCAAUAGAACAACAGUUUUACGGACCAUAGAUAAGGGCAAGAAACGUGGCAUUGUAUCUUGGGGAAUAACGCCAGAGAACAGAGCAAUAUUGACCAUCAGUGUUCGGAAUAUUAAAAUUAUACGGGCAAAAAAUGAGGAGCUUCUACUUAGAGUUAGUACUCAUCAGAUUGCUGCCAUUAGUUAUAUAAAAGAUGACAGACAGCACAUCUUAGCCCUCAAACAUGGUGACCCAAAGUCCGGUUGUGAGUUGGCUGUGAUAUACUGUGAAAACAAGACAAUAUCGGAAGAGAUCUGUGCCUUGGUGAGUCAGUGUUUCCAGCUGGUGUAUACCGAUGCAACCAUGGAUUUUAUCGACAAAGAAUUUGAGUCGGCGUUAACUGCUGCCGGUCCCACACGACUUAGAACAGAUUCGAACAGUUCUGUGUUUGAACCAACAAUAUUCGGAUCCCAACCGACAAGAGGAGCGGCGCGGAGAUAUGCUUUUCUGACGAGAUCGUCCAACGGCUCGGCGUAUUCAUCCAGCAUCUACCGAUCUUUGCCGGGCCGGGGAGCAGCCAGUUCUUCAACGGACUCUAGUUCCUGGUCAGCAGCCGAGCUUCUCCAAGAUUAUCUAAAUAAGUUACACAAAAAGUUAACAUCACAUGAACUGAAGACGUUUGCUCAACUGUUAACGACACGUCACACAGAUCUCACCUUUACACAAUUCUGUGACAAAGUCCUGCAGCUGUUUGGGGAGAAGAGGAAAAACCUCAUGACAGGUCUGUGGCCUUUCAUCGCAGAACGAGAUCACACUAACUUUGAGAAGUAUUUAGAAAGGAAUGGAAUUUCCCCGUACGAUGACUCGGGUUACUGGUCAAUGCCCAGUUCCGCUUCCCAAAGCACGGGCCGAGAAGAAGGUCCCGUUAUCGUGCGUUAUAUGGACAGUGUACAUUAUGAAGACAGCAGGUCACCUAACCAGCGGUCACUGACGUCCCACUCGGACCCGGGCCCCGGGCGCGCCCCAGCCUACAAUAUCCGCUUCAUGGACAACGUUCAUUACACCGACCCGUUCGUGACCAUCCCCUGACUCCCACACGGCGGGCGUAAAACCCCUAAUCCCCGUCUGUUGUCAUGAGGUCCGUACCCUGUAAAGCGCCAAAUCCAGUCUUGUAGGACACCUACAUGCUCUGAUCCUGAACGCCAUCGAGAACAUUGUUCUUGAAUGACUGGUACAUUGUUCUUGAAAAGCCGCGCUUGUCAAGGCAAGCGUGAACAGGAAGUAUGCGGUGCUUCGCGUGAAGUAAAGGAGUAUCGUUUUAAAGGAAUGUAUAAAAGAUCCAUCCAAGUAUUUGACAAGGGUUCUUUCUUUCUUUACACACGAACGCGUUGCUUUGUAACAAUGCUCUUCAUACAGAUGUCUGCUGGGCUAUACAAUUCUGGCAACUUUACACUGAUCUGAAGACAAAACCGAAGACUGUUCGUGACCCUCAUUGUUCACUGUCUCUUGGUUUUUCUUUUUAAACAGAGUGUGUGAAUAAGGAUAAACAUGUGCCCGGAUUUACUGCUUACGGCGCAUGCGCCGCUUUUAAGCGAACGUAGAGAGCGCCACAGGCUAUGUGAGGAUUAAGCUGCAUGGCUCUUCGUUCCCAUUGUUAAUUUGCAUAUUUGUUAAAGACAUCUAAUGCCAUAGUGGAACAUUGGACUGUAUCCUGUUCAGUGUAUAAAACAACAAUAUAACUCGUAAAAUACAUGGCAAAAUGCUUAGAUAGUAAAAUGUUCAAGUGUAUACAUCAUAUGGGACCAAAAACACACAGGAUGUGUUGUUUCAAGCAUCAGUCAUACGGGAUCACAAGUAUAACACCGCGCAGAUCAUUCUAUCUGGCUUAUAGCCUGAAAGAAAUCCGUGACCCGGAAGUUUAAAACUAUGCCCUAUGGUCAUUUCCAAGGCAUUUGUGGUAACAUGCUUGCAGGAUAUGGAAACAUUCUACAUAUUUCAUAUGGAGACUCUGCAGCUCGCUUUCACGAAAAGGUCUUGUCAGAUAGCAUUGGUGCUCUUUAAAGCAGCCCGUCUCU